AUGGUUCAGUUCUCCACCACCACCCCCACCGCCCCCGGUCCCCCACCCCCCACGGCCAGCGAGCGCUACGUGCAGUCCGGCACGCUCUUCCUGUUCUUCAGUCUGGCUUUACUGGGCAACAGUCUGGUGGUGGCCCGGCUGGCGCAGCAGCUGUACUGCCGCCGCAGCCGCCGCCUGAACACGGUCAGUCUGUUGUGUCUGCAGUUGGGGCUGGCGGAUAUCCUGGCGGCGUUCUGCUGUAUCCUGUCCAACGCCGUCAUGUACCUGCUGGAUGAGUGGCUGGCCGGGAAUACCGUGUGUAAGCUCCUCAAGUUCCUGCAGCGACUGGGGCUGGCGGGGAGUACGUUUAUCGUGGUGACGAUCAGUGUGGACCGGUAUCUGGCGAUACGGUAUCCGAUGCGCCGGCGCUGGGACCAUGAGGGGGUCCUCAUGGUGGGGCUGAUUUGGUUUUUGGCCGGUCUCUUCAGUCUGCCUCAGAUGCUGGUAUUCAAGGUGAGCAACGUCCCGGUUAACGGCGUGGAAACGCUGCAGUGCGCCGGUUUCGACGAAAGCGCCGUCCCCUGGCAGGAGUUCACCUACGACCUGGCGCUGCUGCUGGUCCUGUACGUGUGCCCCAUCGGCGUCAUCGUCACCUGCUACUCGCUGAUCCUGCGCCGCAUCGGUCAGGAAUCCCACAAAGGGGACCAGAUGCUGCCGGCCGAGUGCAGUCUCCUGAGUACGGCGUUGGGUCGGGAAAAACUGUACAAACAAGCACGCAACACCUCCCUCAUCAUGUCCGUCCUGGUCAUCGUGACCUUUAUCAUCUGCUGGGCUCCGUUCUACAUGGCGCUCAUCGUGCAUCUGGCGUAUAAACCGGCCCCCUUCGAGAACUACUACUACAACCAUGCCAUCUAUUUCUGCGGCCUGGGACAUUCCGUUCUAAAUCCGCUCUUCUACGGCGCCUUCCACAUUAUCCGGCGCGCUCGCCGUGACACCAGCAACGCCGCGUCGCGCAUCAACAGCAGCCGCAUCCGCAGCAACACCACCGGCACCUCCAGUCGUCAUCUCCACACGGAGCUGACCAGCGCCCAACAGAACAGCCUGAACCUGCACCGGACCCCUUAAAAUAAGGCAAAAAUCGAAAGCACAUUUUUUCUAGUCCAGGAACGAUUUUUUCUCCAAACUCACUUUGGAUUCGCUUUUCUCGCGACAUUCUACGCCUGAAAACUGUGAAUUAAUCGACCCAUAAUACACCGGCACAAUUUAUUAUCGAGAUGGCGCGCUUUUUAUUAUAAAAGUUAUUUUCAUACUGUUGAAGGAAGCAUUGCA